AUGACAAUAGUCGAUUACGGUGUUAAAUCAACUGCUGAACUUCGUAAGAAUCCAAGUUUGAGUUCUCCAGACGAAUGUGCUAGAGCUUGCAGAGAAGGAGAACCAUCUAAAAUAUGUUAUUACCAUUUCACGUUGGAACUUUACAACGUACUCGGAGCUGCUUGUCAAGUUUGUACUCCAAAUGCCACGAACACCAUAUGGAGUAACUGCCAGUGUGUUUUGGCUGAUGGAGUCGAACGUGGUAUUCUCACAGCGAACAGAAUGAUUCCGGGACCCAGCAUUCAAGUAUGUGAAGGAGAUAAAGUUGUUAUUGAUGUUGAAAACAGAAUGGAAGGACAAGCUGCAUCCAUUCAUUGGCACGGAGUUUGGCAAAGAGGUACUCAGUACUCGGACGGUGUGCCAUUCGUAACUCAAUGUCCAAUUCAAGAAGGAAACACUUUUAGAUAUCAAUGGAAUGCCGAAAAUGCCGGAACUCAUUUCUGGCAUGCUCACACUGGAUUGCACAAAUUGGAUGGUCUUUAUGGAAGUAUCGUCAUUCGUCAAGCGCCAUCAAAAGAUCCAAACAGUCAUUUAUACGACUACGAUUUGACGACCCACGUCAUGUUACUCAGUGACUGGCUUCACGAAGAUGCUUUGGAAAGAUUCCCUGGCAGAUUAGCUGUUAACCAAGGGCAAACCCCAGACACUUUACUUAUUAACGGAAAAGGACAAUUUAGGGAUCCAAACACCGGAUACAUGACAAACACGCCACUUGAAGUAUUUACCAUAACUCCAGGACGAAGAUACCGUUUCAGAAUGAUCAAUUCAAUGGCAAGUGUUUGUCCAGUACAAUUAACAAUUCAAGGACACUCCCUUAUUCUUAUUGCCACUGAUGGAGAACCAGUUCAUCCCGUUGUCGUUAACACUAUCAUUUCAUUUUCUGCUUAUUGGAUUCAAGCUAGAGGUCUCGGAGAAUGUGGUAUCGCACGUGCUCAACAACUUGCUGUACUUCGUUACGCCAGAGGACCAUAUCAACCAGAUUCCGCCAUGCCUAGCUACGACGUAGGUUUACCUCAAGGAGUGGUUUUGAAUCCACUCGAUGCCGUUUGUAACAGAGAAAGAUCUGAUGCUGUUUGUGUAAGCCAAUUGAAAAACGCAAAACCCGUUGAUGAAGGUAUCUUGCAGCAAAGACCAGACGUAAAAAUAUUUUUGCCAUUUAGAUUCUUAUUUUACAGACCAGAAGAAUUAUUUUUGCCUCACACUUACAAUCGUUAUUUGGUUGCACCAAGUGGAGAUCAUGUAAUAAGUUUGGUAGAUGAAAUAUCAUACGUUGCACCCCCUGCGCCUCCACUUUCUCAAAUCGAUGAUAUUCCACCAGAACAAUUUUGUAACGGUGACAACCGACCACCAGACUGUGGACAAAACUGCAUGUGUACUCACAAAGUUGAUAUUCCUCUUAAUGCUGUCGUUGAAGUUGUAUUAGUAGACGAAGUUCAACAACCAAAUUUGAGUCAUCCUUUCCAUCUUCACGGUUACGCUUUCAACGUUAUCGGUAUUGGAAGAUCACCAGACAGAAACAUAAAGAAAAUUAACUUGAAACACGCUUUAGAUUUAGAUCGUAGAGGGUUGUUGCACAGACAAUUUAAUUUGCCACCAGCCAAGGACACAAUUGCCGUGCCAAAUAAUGGAUACGUCGUAUUAAGAUUUAGAGCGGAUAAUCCAGGAUAUUGGCUCUUCCACUGUCACUUCCUCUUCCACAUUGUCAUAGGUAUGAAUUUAGUGGUCCACGUGGGAACACACGCAGAUUUACCGCCAGUGCCUCCUAAUUUCCCAAGAUGUGGCGAUUUUCUACCUCCAAUAACACUGCACUGA